CGGUGAGGUCGGUGGCAUCGUGCUUUGGAAAGGGCCCGUCGCACCACACAGGGCUGGGCGUGAAGGCCCCCAAGAGGAAGCGCGAGAAGGAGCACCACGGGGAGGGCAAGCUGCUGCUGGAUGGCUCCACUCCUCACCCAGUCAAGCGCCGCCCCAAGCCUGACGACUCGGCGCAGCUAGGCUCUCCUGAUGCUGAAGGCGGAGGCAGACUGAGAGGAGUGCAGUUCCCAUUCUCUGUAGAUGAAAAGGUCUUGAUCAAGGGCAAUAAACGGACCCCGGAGAAGUUCUUUGGCAAAGAAGCUGUUAUCACGUCGCAGUGCUUGAACGGCUGGUAUCUCGUGCGCAUACUGGACUCGGGUGAGAGCGUCCGCCUACAGUACCGCUCGCUCCAGAAGUGUGACGGAACGGCAGUACAAGCCAAAGCCGAGCCGCACCAACGCACCGACACCGCCGAACCACAGGCGGAUGCAGGGGGGGAAGGGGUGGCAACGAGCGGAGACAAGUCCUGGUGGGUGGCGGGAGAGAGGCGCAUGAUGGGCGAGAUGUCCGCGCUCCUGCAGGCCGACGACGACUCGGACCACCCACCAUCCUUCCCUGACGACGCCCUCCUCCCACCCAACCCCUCCGGUGGCACUCCCCUGUCCCCAUCCCUGCUGGGACAAUCCCUUAUGCUCUCUCCCCCGUCCAGCCACCUUGCCCUGUUAAGUCCGAGUCCUCAAAUGGGUAGGCCGUCUGGUGGUGGUGGCGUGGAGUCAGGGGAGUACGGGUGUGAGGGGUCGGUGGGGGCGGGGCUGUCGCCGCCUCUGCAGGGGGCGUCGCUAGCUAAGGGGACGCAGGCCCUGAUUGCUGCUGCUGCUGCCGUUGAGGCUGAAUGCAGGGGAGAAGCAGGUGGUAGUGGUGCUACUGGUGCUUGUGCUACUGGUAGUGUUGGUGCUACUGGUGAUGGUGGUGGGGGUGCUCCUCAUGGUGCUAGUUAUGAUGGGAGGAUCCCUGCUGCUGCUGCUGCUGCUGCUCCUGCCAGUGGAGGCUAUGGGAGUGCAGGGGGCAGCAAACAACAUGGGGGGCUCAGACUGUCCUCGGGUUCUCAGUCCAACCAGGGUUUGGGUAGGAUGGGCAGUGCGGACAGACAGAGCGGUGCAGACAGACAGGGUGGCGCAGACAGAUGCCUGUCAGACCAGCAAGGGCCGCUGCCCCUGUGGAUGUCGCCUAUCACCGCCACAACGAUUCUGCACCAAGCGAUUUCUGAUGCUGGUGGUGGCAGUGGGGAGCAGGGUGGGGGUUUGGGAGUGCUGAACGACCAGGCUGGCUAGUGUACAUCAUCUAAGCCAUGGAUGGGUUGCUGCUGUACAGGUUCCAUUCCUUACCUUGUGCUUGAUCAUUUGGUAGGUAGUCAUGAGGUGCAGUCACAAGGGCUGCUGUGUUUUUGUCAUUGGUUGGGCUGUGUCUGAGCAAAAUGCUUGUGAUUUUCGUGGGUCUAGCUGCCACAUCCCUUGUUUGUGGUAUAUAAUAAAGAUUCACCUGCAUCCGGCUGGUGGAUGUGCU